UAACAGAAAAAAUGGAUUCAAAUCCCCAAACAGUUGCUGGUGAAAUGGUUUACAUACCAUCACCGUUAUCAAAUUCACAUAAUGGAUCGAGUUUAACAGCAGUAUCCCAAGAUCACAGAGACAGUACAGGGACAAUUGUGGUUGAUUCUUCCAAAGAAAUUGAAAAUAUUGAAUUAGGACUUGAAAAAAGAAAUGGAGAGCAUGCGGGAAUUGAUUUUGAACCGGUACAAUUGCCAAAAGCUGUUAAAAUUCCAUUGGUUAGUGG